GCGCGGGCUACCCGCGGGCGCGCCCCCACCUCCAGGCCGCUUCCGUGCAGGGGGCGCUGGGCAGCUUGGAGGAGCGAGGCUCUCAGCAAACUUUAUUUUGAAAGCUUUGCUCUCUUGGGGAGGGCCCUGCGGCCUCUGGCAGCGCAGCAAUCUCCAUCAUCCUGAUCCUGGAGGAGAAAUACCCGAAGGAGACACCUCACACUGCUGUCCCACCACACACCCAUCUGCUCACCUCAUGCCCGGGUCCUGGGUGGGUGAGGGUGAAGGACCCACCCAGCCAAGAUGAUCCCUUCCCUGGGGGCUGCUGCUGCUGUCCUCCCCCAGAUCCUGGGCCCCAGCAGGUGGGAGAGUGGCCCCAGAAGGAACCCUGUCAGACUGCUGCAGAGGAGGUGAAGAGGGCUUGAGAAGAGGCACCCAUCCCAGAGACGGAAGCUCCUUGUCUUCACCCUUGUAGACUUCUUCACUGUUUUAGGAGAGAAGAACCAGUUGGUGGCCUUUGCAGGAAGCAGGAAACUGGACUGUGGUUCUGCUCCGCACCUAUGCCCCCACCUCUGGCAGCAUCAGCAUCAGCGUCAUGAGCCAAUUUCAGGUGCCCCUGGCGGUUCAGCCGGACCUGCCAGGCCUUUAUGACUUUCCUCAGGGCCAGGUGAUGGUAGGGGGUUUCCAGGGGCCUGGGCUGCCCUUGGCCGGGAGUGAGGCCCAGCUGCGAUCUGGUGGAGAUGGGCGGAAGAAAAGGAAACGGUGUGGUACUUGCGAGCCCUGCCGGAGACUGGAAAACUGUGGGGCUUGCACCAGCUGCACCAACCGCCGCACCCACCAGAUCUGCAAACUCCGCAAGUGUGAGGUGCUAAAGAAAAAAGUGGGGCUUCUCAAGGAGGUGGAAAUAAAGGCUGGUGAAGGAGCCGGGCAGUGGGCACAAGGGACAGCUGUCAAGACAGGCCCAGAGCUCAGCCCAGUUGAUGGACCUGUUCCAGGUCAGAUGGACUCAGGGCCAGUGUACCAUGGGGACUCAAGGCAGCUAAGCACCUCAGGGGCGCCGGUCAAUGGUGCUAGAGAGCCCGCCGGACCCAGUCUGCUGGGGACUGCGGGUCCUUGGCGGGUAGACCAGAAGCCCGACUGGGACGCUGCCCCAGGCCCAGCUCACACUGCUCGCCUGGAAGAUGCCCACGAUCUGGUGGCCUUUUCGGCUGUGGCCGAAGCUGUGUCCUCUUACGGGGCCCUUAGCACCCGGCUCUAUGAAACCUUCAACCGUGAGAUGAGUCGCGAGGCUGGGAAUAAUAGCAGGGGCUCCCGGCCAGGGUCUGAGGGCUGCUCUGCUGGCAGUGAAGACCUUGACACGCUACAGACAGCCCUGGCCCUUGCACGGCAUGGCAUGAAACCACCCAACUGCAACUGCGAUGGCCCAGAGUGCCCUGACUACCUCGAGUGGCUGGAGGGGAAGAUCAAGUCUGUGGUCAUGGAAGGAGGGCAGGAAAGGCCCAGGCUCCCAGGGACUCUGCCUCCUGGUGAGGCUAGCCUCCCAGCCCCAAGCACCAGGCCACUCCUUAGCUCUGAGGUCCCCCAGAUUCCUCCCCUGGAGGGCCUGCCCCUGUCCCAGAGUGCCCUGAGCAUCGCCAAGGAAAAAAACAUCAGCCUGCAGACCGCCAUCGCCAUCGAGGCCCUCACACAACUCUCCUCUGCCCUCCCCCAGCCUUCUCACUCCACCUCCCAGGCUUCUUGCCCCCUCCCUGAGGCCUUGUCCCCUCCAGCCCCUUUCAGGUCUCCCCAGUCCUACCUCCGGGCCCCCUCAUGGCCUGUGGUUCCCCCCGAGGAGCAUGCAUCUUUUGCUCCUGAUAGCCCUGCCUUUCCUCCAGCAACUCCUAGAACUGAGUUUCCUGAAGCCUGGGGCACCAACACCCCACCAGCCACAUCCCGGAACUCCUGGCCUGUGCCCCGUCCAAGCCCUGACCCCAUGGCUGAACUGGAGCAGUUGUUGGGCAGUGCCAGUGAUUACAUCCAGUCAGUAUUCAAGCGACCUGAGGCCCUACCCACCAAGCCCAAGGUCAAGGUUGAGGCACCCUCUUCCUCUCCAGCCCCAACCCCAUCACCAGUCCUCCAGAGGGAGGCUCCCCCACCAUCCUCGGAGCCCAGUACCCACCAGAAGGCCCAGACCGCCCUACAGCAGCACCUCCACCAUAAGCGAAGUCUCUUUCUAGAACAGGCCCACGAUGCCUCCUUUCCCCCUCCCUCAGAGCCUCCUACUCCUGGCUGGUGGGCCCCACCAAGCUCACCUGCCCCACGGCCUCCUGACAAACCACCCAAGGAGAAGAAGAAGAAGCCCCCCACACCAGCUGGAGCUCUUGUGGGAGCAGAGAAAACCACCCCUGGAGUUAAGCCCAGUGUCCGAAAGCCCAUUCAGAUCAAGAAGUCCAGGCCCCGGGAAGCACAGCCCCUCUUCCUGCCACUGCGGCAGAUUGUCCUGGAAGGGCUGAGGUCCCCAGCUUCUGAGGAAGUGCAGGCACAUCCACCUGCCCCUGUCUCUGUCUCUCUCCCUGCCCCUGUCUCUCUGUCUCUCCCUGCCCCAGUCUCUGUCUCCCUCCCUCCCCCUGUUUCUCUCCCUGCCCCUCUCCCAACCCCUCCCCCUGUCUCUCUCCCUGCCUCACAGGGCUCUGCUGUCUCCUUGCCCCCAGAACCUUCUCUUGCGCUAUUUGCACCUAGUCCCUCCGGGGACAGCCUGCUGCCCCCUACUCAGGAAAUGAGGUCCCCCAGCCCUAUGGCAACCCUGCAGCCAGGCUCCACUGGCCCCCUUCCCCCUGCCGAUGACAAGCUGGAAGAGCUCAUCCGGCAGUUUGAGGCUGAAUUUGGGGAUAGCUUUGGGCUUCCCGGCCCCCCUUCUGUGCCCAUUCAGGACCCUGAGAACCAACCAGCAUGUCUCCCAGCCCCUGAGAGCCCUUUUGCUACCCGCUCCCCCAAGCAAAUCAAGAUUGAGUCUUCAGGGGCUGUGACUGUGCUCUCAACCACCUGCUUUCAUUCGGAGGAGGUAGGCCAGGAGGCCACACCAACCAAGGCUGAGAACCCACUCACACCCACCCUCAGUGGCUUCUUGGAGUCACCUCUUAAGUACCUGGACACACCCACCAAGAGUCUGCUGGACACACCUGCCAAGAGGGCUCAGGCUGAGUUCCCAACCUGCGAUUGUGUCGAACAAAUAGUGGAGAAAGAUGAAGGUCCUUAUUACACUCACCUGGGAUCUGGCCCCACGGUAGCCUCCAUCCGGGAACUCAUGGAGGAGCGGUAUGGAGAGAAGGGGAAAGCCAUCCGGAUCGAGAAGGUCAUCUACACAGGAAAGGAGGGGAAGAGCUCUCGGGGCUGCCCCAUUGCAAAGUGGGUGAUCCGCAGGCACACGCUGGAAGAGAAGCUGCUCUGCCUGGUGCGGCACCGGGCAGGCCACCACUGCCAGAAUGCCGUGAUUGUCAUCCUCAUCUUGGCCUGGGAGGGCAUUCCCCGCAGCCUCGGAGACACCCUGUACCAGGAGCUCACUGACACUCUGCGGAAAUAUGGGAACCCCACCAGCCGAAGAUGUGGCCUCAACGAUGACCGGACCUGCGCUUGCCAAGGCAAAGACCCCAACACCUGUGGUGCCUCCUUCUCCUUUGGCUGUUCCUGGAGCAUGUACUUCAAUGGCUGCAAAUACGCCCGAAGCAAGACACCUCGCAAGUUCCGCCUGGCAGGGGACAAUCCCAAGGAGGAAGAAGUGCUACGGAAGAGUUUCCAGGACCUGGCCACUGAAGUUGCUCCCCUGUACAAACGGCUGGCACCUCAGGCCUAUCAGAACCAGGUUACCAAUGAGGAAAUAGCGAUCGACUGCCGCCUGGGGCUGAAGGAAGGGCGGCCCUUCUCGGGGGUCACAGCCUGCAUGGACUUCUGUGCCCACGCCCACAAGGACCAGCAUAACCUCUACAAUGGGUGUACUGUGGUCUGUACCCUGACCAAGGAAGACAAUCGCUGUGUGGGCCAGAUUCCCGAGGACGAGCAGCUGCACGUGCUCCCCCUGUACAAGAUGGCCAGCACAGAUGAGUUUGGCAGUGAGGAGAACCAGAAUGCCAAGGUGGGCAGCGGGGCCAUCCAGGUGCUCACUGCCUUCCCCCGCGAGGUCCGGCGCCUCCCUGAGCCUGCCAAGUCUUGCCGCCAACGGCAGCUGGAAGCCAGGAGGGCAGCAGCUGAAAAGAAGAAGAUUCAGAAGGAGAAGCUGAGCACCCCCGAGAAGAUCAAGCAGGAGGCCCUGGAGCUGGCUGGGGUUCCCACUGACACAGGCCUUUCUCUGAAGGGUGGAUUAUCCCAGCAAAGCCUAAAGCCCUCCCUCAAGGUGGAGCCACAGAACCACUUCAGCUCCUUCAAGUACAGCGGCAACUCUGUGGUGGAGAGCUACUCGGUGCUGGGCAACUGCCGGCCCUCCGACCCCUACAGCAUGAACAGCGUGUACUCCUACCACUCCUACUAUGCACAGCCCAGCCUGACCUCCGUCAACGGGUUCCACUCCAAGUACGCUCUUCCCUCAUUCAGUUACUAUGGCUUUCCACCCAGCAACCCCGUCUUCCCCUCCCAGUUCCUGGGUCCUGGCACCUGGGGGCACAGUGGCAGCAGCAGCAGUUUUGAGAAGAAGCCAGAUCUCCAUGCUCUGCACAACAGCCUGAGCCCAGCCUACGGUGGUGCUGAGUUUGCCGAGCUACCUGGCCAGGCUGUUCCCACAGACACCCACCACCCCACUCCUCACCACCAGCAGUCUACUUACCCAGGCCCCAAGGAGUAUCUGCUUCCCAAGGCUCCCCAGCUCCACCCAGCAUCCAGGGACGCUUCUCCCUUUGCUCAGAGCUCCAACUGCUAUAACAGAUCCAUCAAGCAAGAGCCGGUAGACCCACUGGCUCAGGCCGAAUCUGUAACCAGGGAUCCUGGUAAGCUGGGCAAAACACCUUUGCCUGAGGCAUCUCAGAAUGGGGGACCCAAUCACCUAUGGGGACAAUACUCAGGAGGCUCAACCAUGUCUCCCAAGAGGACUAACAGUGUGGGUGGCAGCUGGGGCGUGUUCCCUCCAGGGGAGAGUCCUGCCGUUGUCCCCGACAAGCUUAGUUCUUUUGGGACCAGCUGCCUGACACCUUCGCACUUCCCAGAUGGCCAGUGGGGGCUGUUUGCUAGCGAUGGGCAGCAGUCGGCUCCGCAUCCUGGAGGACGGCUGCGAGGCAAACCGUGGAGUCCUUGUAAGUUUGGGAAUAACACCUCAGCCUUGACUGGACCUGGCCUGACUGAGAAGCCAUGGGGGGUGGGGACAGGUGAUUUCAACUCUGCCCUGAAAGGUGGUGCCGGGUUCCAAGACAAGUUGUGGAACCCCAUGAAAGGGGAGGAGGGAAGGAUCCCCACCCCCGGGGCGAGCCAGCUGGACAAAGCCUGGCAGGCCUUUGGCAUGCCUCUGGGCUCCAGUGAUAAGCUGUUUGGGGCCCUGAAGUCGGAGGAGAAGCUAUGGGACCCCUUCAGCCUGGAGGAAGGAACAGCUGAGGAGCCCCCCAGCAAGGGAGCUGUGAAGGAGGAGAAGGGUGGUGCUGGCGUGGAGGAGGAAGAGGAGGAAGAGCUGUGGUCAGACAGCGAACACAACUUCCUAGACGAGAACAUCGGCGGCGUGGCCGUGGCCCCCGCCCAUGGCUCCAUCCUCAUCGAGUGUGCCCGGCGGGAGCUGCAUGCCACCACACCACUCAAGAAGCCCAACCGCUGCCACCCCACCCGCAUCUCGCUGGUCUUCUACCAGCACAAGAACCUCAACCAGCCCAACCACGGGCUGGCCCUCUGGGAAGCCAAGAUGAAGCAGCUGGCGGAGCGGGCGCGGGCCCGGCAGGAGGAGGCCGCCCGACUGGGCCUGGGCCAGCAGGAGGCCAAGCUCUAUGGCAAGAAGCGCAAGUGGGGGGGUGCCAUGGUCCCUGAGCCCCAGCACAAGGAGAAGAAGGGGGCUGUCCCCACCCGGCAGGCACUGGCCGUGCCCACAGACUCAGCGGUCACCGUGUCCUCUUAUGCCUACACGAAGGUCACUGGCCCCUACAGCCGCUGGAUCUAGGUGCCAGGGAGCCAGCGUACCUCAGCGUCGGGCCCGGCCCGAGCUGCCUCUGGUGCUUUUGCCCUCACACCGGGGGCGGGUUGGGGGUGCAGAAGUCUUUCUAUCUAUACAUACAUAUAUGGAUAUGCCUAUCAUAUAUAUGUAUUUAUGGUCCAAACCUCAGAACUGACCCGCCCCUCCCUCUCCCCCCACGUCCCCAGCACUUUGAAGAAGAAACUACGGCUGUCGGGUGAUUUUUUCCGUGAUCUUAAUAUUUAUAUCUCCACGUUGUUUUAUUUUUCCCCUUGUUUGGGGGGCUUUUAUUUUGUUUUUAAAACUCUAUCCUUGUAUAUCACAAUAAUGGAAAGAAAGUUUAUAGUGUCCUUUCACAAAGGAGUAGUUUUAAAUUCCAUUUAAAAUGUGUAUUUAUUGGAUUUUUUUAAAGCGACAAUAGUAAUGGUAAUGGAGGGCAGGAAAGGCCCACAGUGCUCGCUCCUGCCCGGCGAGCCCGGCCUCUUGGGAGCUGACAGGUUCUCAGUCAUCUGCCCCUUGUGAGCCAAGUGCAGCGUGUAGCCCCCCAGUUCAUUCAUCCCUCCCCACGGGCAGGGAGCCCUUGGGACAGCCCCGUCCUCUCUGGCAGGAUGGGGAAAGCUGUAGAAAACCAUCUGGGGCCCCUUUCCAGUUGGCGGCAGGGCAGGGGCACCCCAGGCCCAGCCCCAGAGACCCUGGUGUCAAUUUUCCCAGAAACCAGGAUGGAAGUAGACAGCUUCAAGCUUGCUAGUCUCCACACUGAAUCCUGUCUGUCCGUUAUUUACCAAGUCAUCAUGUCAUGGUUUGCUAGGCAGCACCUCAUGCUGGAGCUGGAGUUGAGAGGCUCCCAGGAGUCCUCUCCACCACUUGAUAAGCCAAUGAAUACUGGGCUGAAGGAAUUUGUCUUAGUGGCAGUUUUUCAGAAUCGCCCCAAAGUCUAUGCUGAUGCUGCAAAAGGGCUACUGUUCUAAAAACAAGUUGAAUCCAAGCAGUGGAGAGCCAGCAUGGCUCUGCGCAUGGUGCUGGGCUGUGUGGAACCAGGUGCUCUAGUAUUGUGCUGGAACUUUCUUGACUCUUGGGCAGGUUGUGUCCUAUGGGAGCUCAGCAAACCAGUGUAACAGCAGUUACCACAUCUGUCCUUACUCUUGGAUCUCCACAUUGGACAAUGGUGCAUGCCCCAGUCUACCCCCUCUCCAUGCUCUGCGGGGGUGAGGCCUCCACUUAAUUUUAAAGUGCAAGAGUCAAACAUUUUCAACAGGUUGCUAUGAUUUUCCUCCCUCAUUGGUGCCAGUUCUUCAUUUUCUCCAUUUUCUUUUUUUCCUUCCUCCUCUCUCUACCCCCUUGUAACACACCCGUUCUAAAAUUCUGGUGCAUUUGUUCAGUUCUUUGAAAUGAGAAUGUGGUGCUUAAUUUUAGUGACAUUGUUAAGAGAGGUUGGGCCUGACAGGUGGAAGUAGCCCUCGUCUAUGGCAAGUCACACUUGUUGGAGUGUUCGUUUUUCCUGUGGUAUUAGCAGAAAUGAUCUCAAGCUACCCACAUGGAUGUGUGUGGCAAGUGAAGGGUUUCGUCAGGACAUGGUCAGGGGUAGGGGGAUGUGGCCACAUGGUGAAUGACAGCCAAGCCCUGAAAUAAACAUCAGAUAUUAUUAAGCAGUUUUAUUCAGAUGUAGGUCUUCAUAAGUCAAGUUUAACAAUCAGAUGACAAUGCGAAAGGCAAGCUCCUGAGCUUCCAGGUGCCUUGUGGAAGAGCUGAGAACCGACCCGCCAGGUGUUCACUGUAGCCCUUGGGAAGCACCGGUGGAGAGUCGCUGUGAGACGUCCUGAGCAUUUGUGUGGUCUGGUUUUAAUUGUAAAUAGUGAAAGAUUUUUUUAAGCACUUUUGCCUAGAUUUAAACAGCAACUUGAAAAAAAAAAAAAGUACGUUUUAACAUGUAAUUGUGGGAGAAAUUGUAAAUAGUAGCUGAAUAUUUAACGUGCUUUGUCUAUCCUCCACUUUUACCAUAUUCUGUAAAGUUGCAUUUAUUUUACAGGACAAAAAUGAAAUAUUAUUGCUUUUGAAAUAAAUACCCAAGAGCUUAUCAGGAUUUAGAAUUAUUCAGAACUCAGAUUUAUAGGAAAACCUCUGACCUUCAGUUUGACAAGCUAAAGGAAGCAGAGUCUUUAAUGAGCAUGCUAAUUUUCUAGUUUUGAGGAAAAGUUGGGUCCUUUAAAUGCUAUUUUGCUUAUCGCAUCAGUACUUUUAUGCAGGUCUCAUUUGACUCCGUGCUUAGGUAGAUGCGGGGGUGCCUUGAAAACUUCAUUUUAAAUGAUCUUAAGCAAGAAAUAUGAUAUUUUACGAAACAUUUGGAGAAUGUGACCGUCUGUAUGACCCGUGGAAGCCCCAGGUUGGCUGUUGGUUUGGAAGGUACCGAGUGUAACCCAGGUGAUUUCUGAUACUUGGCAUGUGUGGAUCUCUCUGAUGUAUGUUAAAUAUACUCUUCCCCUCGUCACCCUUUGGUAGCAAAGCCAUUAGAUGAAAGGAGAAAACAAUACAAGCUAAAAGCAUGUGACGUCUGUCCCCAGCCCACACAGCCUUGGGUCAUAAGCCUCCUGGCUAGGAGCUGAGAGGCUGGCAAGAGGCAGUCUCCGUGGGACGCUCCCAUUGCCCUCCAAGCGUGUUCUGAGAGUUAGGUGGUGCUGUUGCCGCGCUCAAGCCCAUUGCUGAUCUUUACACACUACAUGUAUAACCUACCUCAAAUCUCAGUCAUUGAAAUUAGCAUGCUUUAGACAUAUAUUUUAAAAGUAACUAUGCACAGCUCUUUAUCCCCCCUUGCUGCUGAAGGCUUCUUAAAGAGAAAAAUCAAAUUUUUAUUUUUUACUGGCACUAUCAUUUUUUUAAGUCCUAAAGAUGAUUGACAUUUUUAUCAUGAGAAGAAAAAUUAAAGCCAUUGCAACUAAAGAACCUAACAGCAUGACCAAGUUUUAAGAAUGAUAAUAUAGCAACAGAAAAUGAUGGAGUCUUACUGUCAUCUCCCCAGUGUGCCCCGUCCAUGGACACCAUCCACAUGCAGCGCAAAUGUUCGGUUCCUUUUUUUUGCUUUGAUGCAUUUUUCCCUUCCUGUUGCAUGCAAGGGAAGUACUUGCAAAGUUCUAUGCUAAGAGAUUUUUUUUUUUUAAAGAAAAAUCACUUUGCAGCAGGUUCUUAUAAAAUAACUGGUGCUAGCUCAAGAAAUCAUCGUCUUGCCAUUGGCAAGCUUGAUUAAAGGUGUUGCGUGGAUUUGGGGGGUUUUGUUUUGGGUCUGGCUUUUAGCAGGUCCUAAGUUCCCCAUACCCCCAGCUUCCUGGGUGCUGCUUUGCCUUCUUGCUGAGCUGACGAUGGUGUGCAUGGAAAGGGAUGCUACCUGUCCCCUCUAGCCCUUCCACCUGCCUCUUUUGAAAACAGUAGUUUGCAGAGCAAGGGAUUUUUAAAGUGCUAAUGCAAGGAAAGAAGUAGCAGAGCUUAAUUGCUUUGUAUCAGACAGCAGCAGAUGUGUGAGGAUAGUUGAUGAUGAGUAGACGUGACCUGGCUUCACUGAGAGAUACCCAGCCAGACUUUCCUCUUGAAGUUUAAUCACCAUGAGAUCGCAAACCAAGGCAAAGCUGGUGGAAAACUCUGAUAUAUCCCUGACGUGCCUCAACCAAUAUCUCUUUUCCUUUUGUUACUGAAGUGUGUUUUAUGGACUAGGAAGCAUUUUUAUGAAUUGAAAUAGACUAAAUAAAAUGGUGCUAUGGUGUUUUAAUGUGACUGUCCCUGAUCCUGUCUUGCUGAGGUGCUAUCAACGUUCUGAAACCACAACCAACCAAAAAUAAGGUGGGCUCCAGUCUCUCUCGGCUUUUUCCCUCCCCCUCCUCGUUUGGUGCUGUCUUCUUAGACCUCUGUUUACCAUGCUGUAAUCUGCUCUGAGCAGAUUUUGUGUUUUGUUUUAUGGUUCUUCCCUUGGUGGCCAAACUAACCCAAGGUGAGAAAGCAGCUCGCUCCCUUGCUGAGGGUGGUGAUGCUCAGCUGGUGCUUUGGUUUCAUGCCUGUCUUCUCAGGCCUGAUGAGGAAGAACAUGGGGAGGGCUUGGGAGUGAUACGUUUGAGGAAAGGGAGUCAGAUACUCCUGCCUCUCCCAGCAUGGCAGGCGUCCUCAGAGCCAGGACCGCACGUUUUCCUCCUAUGGCCCAGGGUGCUAAGCAGAUUUCCUGGGAGUCUCGAAGGGGCACACUGAGGGGUCCAGAGGGAGCUCCUUCCUCUUCUGAUACCAGCUGGGGCCACAGUAGACAAGGAGUUCUUUCCUUUGCUCUUCUCAGUCUGCCCCAGCGUGGCUUCUGUUGCCGUCAUGUUCAGACUACAGGCAGGAGCUUUCUUUGUCCCUCAAUGCCACUGAGGCUGCUUUUUAGUUGGUGCUAAAUUUCUCCUUGGGUCCACAGAAGUUGAUAUUUUAGAACUCAACAGGAAGCUCCAUUUUGCAUCAUCCACUGUCACAAUUUUUUUUUAAAUACCUCAAAAACAGGACAUCAUGACAACUUCAGUAGAUUCCAUGAGGGUCUGAGACCUGCAAGUUGUCCAUUUGAUGAUAUGCUUGACCUUGAAGAAUCUGGGGUCAUUUUGUUUCUUCAUUCUUUGGCAGUUAAGAUGGCAGAACGCCUAAAGGAAGGAGCGUGGUCAGCUUUUUUUUGUUUCCUUUAAGUUUUGCUUUAGAUUAAAAUGUGAAUCUCCUAUGCCCAUCUCAUCAUGCUUUCUCAGUCAUCGUUGCUGUCAUUUGAAAUGACUCCUUCAAAACCUAGCUUCAUUAGCCAACUGCCUCUGCUGUAGUACAUGGCCAGCUUCAUCAUACCCUGGACCAAAAUGACAUCGAGGUGCAUACCCCAGCAUAGGUUAUACAGUCCCGCGCACACACGUGCGUCGUUUUUUCCUGGAACAUGGGGCCCUUCUGGUGUGCCCAGCCCUUCUGCAGAGCUGCCGGCAAGAGCGAAGCAAUAGGCUUCUCCCCUGAGCAGAGACCUCAGCGCAGAAAUGCCAGGUCUAAAGUUGAGUUUUGCCUAAGAAUCAGUGAGCUAUUUGGCCUACUUCCUCCUACGCUUCUAUUCUGAUAUCAGGGAUGCUUUUUGUAGUGGUAUUGUUUGUGCUCUCCUCGUUUUGACUACCCACCCGUGGUUCAGGGGAACUCAUCACUCUUCACAUGGGGACUUAAAAUACCAAUUGGCUCAUUUGAACAUUACAAAUUUCCUCCCUUCCAGUACCUUUCCUUUUUUCUUUUGAGGGGAAAAGGGGAGAAAAACAGGAGUGAUGUCAUUUCUUUUUCAUGUAUUAAAGAAACAAGGACAGGUCGUCUUGUGGCAUAUUAUUAACACGUUAGACUUAAUCUAGAGCCCUUGUAGCUUUCUGAUGUGUUUUAUUUCUUAUCUCUUUGAAUUCCUGUUUGGUUACUUGGCUUCCAAUGGAGGUGAACUUAACAACCAUACUUGAAUAUUCCGUCUUGACUUUGUAAACUGUGGCUACUUGAAAUGAAGUUUAUCUGGGGUUGAUGGAUGAAUGGUAGAUUUUUGCUAUGUCUCAAGGCAAUAGGAUGUGUAUUAAACUGUAGAUAUUCUUAGUACAGUAAAUUUAUGCUGAUAAUUUUAUUUUGUAUAAUUUUUACCUUUUUGUUAAUAUUUUUUUCCUUCCACUUUAUUGGUUUGCCUCCUGAGCUACCCCUCCUUACUCUCCCUUCUCCCCCAGUGUUUCAGUAAAUUUAAUUUAGGGUGCCUAGAAAUUGCAAGUAUGUAUCCUUUUUUGAUUUGUAUUUUAUUAUAAUUUACACAAACAACUGGGUUUGUGAACUGUAUUACUCCUGGUAUCUUUAAAAUAUUGUGGGUGUUUUAAUAAAUUUUAUAUUUAUUUUUUGCA